AUGCGGGCCGCCUGGGUGCUGCUGCCGGCGCUGGCCGCCCUGUCCGCCUACUAUGUGUACCUGCCGCUGCCCGGCGCCGUGUCCGACCCCUGGAAGCUGAUGCUGCUGGAUGCCACCUUCCGGGCGGUGCAGCAGACGUGUCACCUGAUUCACUAUCUGAGACUCAGCCAUCACUUGAUAGUUCUGAAUUAUUUGAUUUGCACCUUUGACAAGCUGAAGUCUGUCUCCUCUGAAGACAUUAAGAUCACGGAUGCAGUUUUUGAUGGUGUGGAAGUGCGAGUGUUUGAACCUCCUGCGAAGGGAGAUGAAAGCCUCAAGCGCAGCGUUGUUUACAUCCAUGGAGGGGGCUGGGCCUUGGCUAGUGCAAGAACAAGCCUUUACAACAAUCUCUGCAGAAUCAUGGCUGAAUCUCUGAAUGCUGUUGUUGUCUCUAUUGAAUACAGGCUGGUGCCCAAGGUGUGCUUCCCCGAGCAGUACCACGAUGCUCUUCGUGCAACAAAGCAUUUCCUGCAGCCUGAUGUCUUAGCUGAGUAUUCAGUGGACCCCAGUCGAAUUGCAAUCUCUGGGGACAGUGCAGGAGGGAAUUUGGCAGCUGCUGUGUGCCAGCAGCUUAGCAAAGACGAGGAUUUGACCGUCAGACCCAAACUGCAGGCCUUGAUCUACCCGGUCCUCCAGGCCUUUGACUUCAACACACCCUCCUACCAGCAGAACAUGAACAUGCCCGUGCUCCCUCGCUACGUCAUGGUCAACUACUGGAUCGACUACAUCAACGGCAACUACGAGCUGGCUCACGAGCUGCUGGUCAACAACCACACCGCCCUCAACGUGGGCCGCGCGCUCUCCUUCCGCGCGCGCCUCAACUGGACGGCGCUGCUGCCUCCCUCCUUCCGGAAGAGCUACAAGCCCGUGGUGCAGAGCACGGGCACGGCAGCCAUCGUGGAGCGGCUGCCGGCGCUGCUGGACGUGCGGGCGGUGCCGCUGCUGGCGGACGACGCCACGCUGGCGCGGCAGCCGCGCACCUACGUGCUGACCUGCGAGAACGACGUGCUGCGCGACGACGGCGCCAUGUACGCCACGCGCCUGGAGCGCGCCGGCGUGCCCGUCACCCUCGACCACUUCCACGACUGCUUCCACGGCUGCAUGAUCUUCACCGUGUGGCCCACGGAUUUCUCGGCCGGCGUGCAGACCAGGAACAGCUACAUCAAGUGGUUGGAUGAGAAUCUCUGAAGGGAGGGGCCCUGCUUGGGAGCACGGUGGGUGCGUGGCUCCGGUUCUGUUGUGGCGGAAGAGCGAUCAAUCAAAAAGUGCACUUUUCUGAAUUCUGACUUCACCGUUGGCUGCAGCUGCUGAGGGUACAGACCACUGACUGCAGCAUUUUCUAGCUCCAUUGGCCUUGUCCAGUAAAGCAUUUUUCUUUCAAACCAAUCUUUUAUCCACUUUCUCCCAGGUGACUAUUGGCAAACAUAAACACGUGUUGAACGGGGAGAUCAGGAUUCCUGCAGGAUUCUUACCCAGCUGUGACCUUCAAGCUUUGACUCUUAAUUAGGUACAAAGGCCGUGGCUUUCAAGUGAUGUGAGAUAAAUCCUAACACAUACAUCUACUUCUGAAUAUAUAAAAAUAUGAGCUAGUUUAUAGCAGUGUUGAGCAUCUGAUGUCACAGUGAGAGCACUCACCUUGGGCAGCAGGGUGAUGCAUUUGAAUGACAAGCACGGAUUUAGGUGUUGGCUUUUUGCCAUAGACAAACGACUGAUUUAAAUUUUUAAAAAUAUUUUUCACAAAAGCUCUUCUAGACAGUUAAAGUGAUGCUAAAUGAGUCUCUUAGCCAAACCUGUAAUUCAGCUUUGGAAUUUGGUCUUUACUGCCUUUUAAUAAAUAUAUUUUUAAAAGGUACAGGACUAAAUAUAUUUUCAAUAAAAAGUAUGAUAGCAUACACACAAAUAGGUAAGAUAAAAUACUAUGUGUAGCAGCAGAAUCCAGGUUUCCUGUGUGAGUGACCUUCAAAGCUGACUACUUACUUGGCUAAAGAAAGUGACUUAUUUGUUUUUAAAGCCUCAGUUGUACAACCUCCUUACAGAAAAUACUGACCUUACUACAAAUAGUCUGCUGUGUGGUUUGCACUAAUGUUUGUAAUUAAUAGUAGAUAUUUUUGUUCAUUGACUUUUAUUUUGUGUUUGUAGUUUUUAUUGUAUUUCCUGCUUCGUGAAAGGAGGAAAGCCAAGCAAAGAGAAGUGGACUCCAAUCUAUACAGAAGAUUUAAUUCUGAGCUUUGCAGCUGAGCUUUGUCUUGUAGCCUGCUCUAGGUAAGGUGAUCUCGCUACUGGGCAGCAAAUCUGUGCAGUUUGAGCCAGUCUAAAGUUCAGACAGGCAGGACAGGGGAGUGAAACCACUUUGUGACUGUCUGUUGUCCAGGCCACUCACAGCUUGCAGAAAUGAAGGUGGUGCCAAAAGUAGGCACAGAGGAGAGAGAGAUCAAAUUCUUCCUCAGCUUUAGCACAGACUUCCUGUGGGUCCCCAGAAGAACAGUGUCAUCUCCUUACACCCCACUUCUGCAAGGGAGGGAGUGAUUUCGUGCCUCACAAAGGAGCUGUGAAGCUGAACUUUAAGGCAUGGGUGGAGCACAUGGAUGUGAGCAUGACUGCAGGCACUCAGCACCUCCCAUGGCUUUUGACUUUCCAUCCUUCUGGGCUCGGGUCCUGCUGAGCAGUUUGCUCCCCUCUGUCCUAGAUCCUUUCAGGAACCCUAAGGUGAGGCUUCUUAGCCCCUGGAGAUCAUAACAAAGGGAAUUUCAUUAAAGCAUUCCUUACAGCAGGAUUAUGAAAAGUUGUUUAAAAAUCCCCAUCAGGUACUGGUAGAUCAAACUGCCUACUGACAUUUAAAAUAUAUACAGAGCAGUCCCCUUUCACUUGGAUUUAAAUUAAAUAGGAGAAUGGCUUUGCUGAAUCAUUGCUUCCUGGAAACACCAGGUUGUUAACGUGGUUGUGUGUAUUAAGAAAAACCAUUAAUGAGACAAGGCCUGGAUGUCAGCUCAGUCAUGCAGGCCAAAACUCAUUCCCAGCAUAGUUCACACAGAGAUCACAAGGCAAAGCCUUUUCAACAGUGGCCCAGAUUCUCCUUCCAUUUAGCAUUUACAAAGACUUGCUGGAAUUAGAGCAACCAAGUGACAAUCUGAAUCAGAGUAAAUUUUGAUCAAGAAACCCAAUUAACACUGCAGAGGAAUUCAAACUCUUUAUCUGGAUUUAAACCCUUUCCUCCUUUUCCCCAUAAACACAGCUUUGUAGAUUGUAUGCUCUAAACUGACAGCAACCAAAGUUAUGUCCAUUCAAAAGACAAGUUACUAAUCUGCCCCAGGGUCCUUUUCCUUUAUAUGGAGAGGGCUACAUUUACCUAACUUUAAACUAUAACUAAAAUAGUUUAAAAAAAAAUCACUAUACUGAGUUAUAACAACAAGCUUCUUCCUGAAUUUCCCACUUAAAGAGUAAACCCAUGUCAGAAAAGAUGUAAUGUAUAUCUACUCACUGUCAUUAGCAUAAUAUGUAGAUAUACUAUGAUUAUAUGUCAUAGUGUAACUGUAGUACUGGAAGAAAAUGGUUAAUAUUCCUAUAAAUCUUAUAAUAAUUAACUUUUCCUGAGAGAUUUCUGCAAAGCUUUAGCUCAGCAUUUGUUUAUAGCUAAGUUAUAAAUACGUUACAAACCUAAAAUAUAAUUGCUGCUGGUUUUUUUUAAACUGAAAUGAAAGGGAGAUCUGGAAUAUAUAUAUAUAUACAUAUACAUAUAUAUAUAUAUAUUCAUGGAGUCGGUUGUAAAUUUCCUUCAUGCACUGAAGCACAUUAAAGUCUUGGCACAAGGAAUGGCAGUUAGUUUAUAACUGGAGUGAACGUGUUUACGAAGCCGUCAGCAGCCUGGUAGCCGAGAUCACAGCCCCACGUGGAUGUGAUGUGCAGUAUUGACUACUUCUGUCAAAGCAUCUGGACUACUUUCAUCUUGCAGCCAUGUGGUUUAAUACCUGAGAGCUGCAGAGAUACCUGAGGGAUCCCACAACAUGGGAAAAAAGAGGUCUGAGUUCCAGCUCUGAAAAGACCUUUAGUGCACAGCUGCACAAGACACUGAUCAAAUUCAGCGUAAACCUUGAGGGAAUGUUUGUCCCAACCCAGCUCUCCUCCUGCUGUGCUUUGUCCCCAUCUGCACACACUCCCCAUGCCCCAGACUGGAAGUUCAGGGUUGUUUCCAGCUGUGUUGCUACCAGCUUCCAGGAACUGACUCAGGGUUACAGAAAGCAGAUGCCUGAUAGCAAGGGAUUAAGGUUGAUCCAUUUCACAACACCUGGAUUUGUUCCUGCAUUUUCCUACGUCUCCAAGUGUUUCCUCGGGCACAUCUUGCACCUUCAUCCCUUGGUUAUUUCACAAAGCAGUUUAGGGCACUUGGCACGUUGUAGGAUCAGAGCAAGUGUUUUUAGCAAUAUUUCACCUGUGCAUGGUAGAGUCUUUUCAGGGGAGAUGUUCAAUAAGUUUGUUUUCUUAGAUACCUUUUGUAGGUGGUUUUUCUUCCCCUUCUACAAUUAGACUUUAUCCCUCUUUUGCAAAAAGACCUUGUUCCUGAUGGCUAUCGAAGCAUUUCAGUUGACAGCUUAGUUAAAAAAAAAAAAGAAAAAAAGAAAAGCAAAAUCAACUUGCAUAACAGAACCUAUAGUCUUUCUUGUCCUGUUUUCAUAGACCUGAGAAAUAUAUUAGUGAGUCCCCAGUAUUUUGACUAAUAUUUGCAGGAAUAGAUGGAGAUUUUGUCUCCCUAGCUGAGGAUCUCUUAAAGGAUGGGUGUUCAGCAUUUCUGGAAGCCCAGACCUCUUUCAAGAGGUUUCAUGAUGCAUAAAAUUUACAAAUAAGUUGAAUUUCCUAAUCUUCAUCUAAGUAAUUCCAGAACUGCAUUCCCAGUCAAAGCAGAAAGGCCAUGAUGAGUUUUAAGCCCUACAAACUAAAUAGAAGUACUUCAUCUUUAAAACACUAUUUUUUAGUAUUUGGCCUCUAUAUUUUUUCAUCUCUUACCACAUUUUACUAGAAACUUUUAAAAAUAAAAAUAUUGGAAGCAGGUAAACUUGAGUUAAACCUUUUAAGCUGCUAUGAUCUGUAACAAUUAUAUUGUUUAAAAAAAAUAAAUCUAAAACCAGCUGGUUUAAUGUUCUCAUAUUUAUGAUGUUCAAAAGCCCAACAUACAACAUACUUGAUGUGAAUGCAUUCAAUACCUUAUGUACGACUGGUUUUUGCUUUUUGUCCCAGAAUAGGGGAAAGAUGUGUAAGAUCUCAUUAGCAAGUGUACUUUGAGAUGUGCUAUCAAAAUGAAGAACAAAUAAAUAAAGUGAAAUAUACUUGUGA